AUGGCAACGCGAACUCAAGACCAGCCUCUGAUUGCCUCAAUCGCCAAAUCUCACGGCGUCAAAGGCCCGGGCUGCUUGUCCCAAGACAAAACGACCGUUAUCGCAGGCUAUGGAAGGCAUCCAUGGUUCUGUCAUGAACUAUUUGAUGACUCGUUAGAGACUCCGACAUACGUACCGUCCGAUGACAUCGAGGAUGCGAAGGCGCAACACUACAAGGCUGUCCUUUCACCAGGUCCAACAGAUCCAGCCUUCUGGGGCGAUCUCCCAAUGCCGAUAGCACUCUCUACUUUUAUCGCUGAGACUCGAGCUCGAUUGAUCGAAGACCCAUGCGCCAUGGUUGGAGAGAUUGGUCUUGAUAAACCCUUCCGACUGCCUAUGCAGUGGACGGAUCCCAAGCCAGACCCAGAUCCAGACCGUACACCAGGAGGUCGUCAGAGGAGACCACUCAGUCAGCAUCGCAUCAACCUUACUCAUCAAAAAGCUGUGUUCAUGGCGCAUCUCAAACUAGCAGGGGAGCUUGGAAGACCCGCUAGUGUUCAUGGCGUGCAAGUCCAUGGGAUUCUUUACGAUGCUUUGACCGAGUGUUGGAAGGGUCAUGAACUUCGCGGUCGGCGCUCAAGAGACAAAGAGAAGAAAGAGGGAAAGGCUGAACAGCAGCCAGGAGACGCUCCAAAACCAUACCCUCCACGAAUCUGUCUUCACUCCUUCAGUGGUAAAUCCGACGCUGUCAAACAAUAUCUCAAACCAUCCAUCCCAGCCAAGAUCUUCUUCUCAUUCUCGAAGACCAAUAAUUUGCGAUCAGAUGAAGAGAGGAAAAAGGCGGAAGAUGCGAUCAACAUAGUGCCGGAUAAUCGGGUACUGGUUGAGAGUGAUCUCCAUACGGCUGGUGAGAGGAUGGAUAAUGAGCUUGAGGAGAUGUACCGCGUGAUUUGCGAAGUUAAGGGAUGGGGGUUAGACGAGGGCAUCGGGAAAAUAGCUGAUAACUACCGGGAGUUCGUUUUCGGUUGAUAUACGGUUGCCCUAGACAUUACACAUCCGCAAAAACAAGGCCUGCAAUCUUAUACAAACACCAGGAAUGAAUCAUUGUAUGGGGAAAUGUCGAUUGAGAAUUAUGAAAGUUCUUAGAGUCCAG